AUGGCAACAACGGAAGAACACCUGGACACAGAAGAAGUCAAAGCUGAGAACCGAGAGCAUAACGAGGACUUCUUGAGCAGGAAAUCUGUGGAUAUUGGCAGCAGGAUCAGGGCUGCUGAGGAGCAGAUCACUGCUACAGGAUUGGACCGGUCGCUGACACAUGAGGCCCUCAUGAGCCUGUCUGAGAAAGUGGCUGGACUGCAGCAAGAAACUGCCUCUUUGCAGAAGAAACUGGAGUCUUACCUAAAUUUACCUCCUAGUCUCCCCCUUGCACGAGUCAAGAUUGAAGAAGUCAAACGAGAGCUGAGAGUUGUGGAGGCAGUGUUGACCCGAGAAGAGGAGCUAGAGAGCACCCUGGAGGACGCAGGAUGA